AUGAAAGUGAAAUGGCGCACGGCUUAUCAACCGAGCGCAAAGAACGAUCGUGCUGUGAGCGUCGCGUGGCUGGCUACGACUUCAGGAGCUCGUGAGGACGAGCUCUCGCUCGAUAGCUGCCACAGUGCGUUCAGCCCGGUGCCAAGAAAUUGCGGGACAUUUUCAAUAGCAUCCACUUCUGUCCCGGAAAACUACUACGCUGUUCCCGUUGGAGAGACGCAAAUGGUGAUCUUGAAAAGAUAUGAGAAUCUUCGGUUGAUCGGAUCAGGAGCUCAGGGUAUCGUUUGCGCUGCGACGGACACAGUAACCAACAAGCCGGUUGCCAUAAAGAAGUUGUCUAGACCUUUUCAAAAUGUCACGCAUGCAAAGCGGGCUUAUAGAGAAUUUAUUCUUAUGAAUCUAGUCAAUCAUAAAAACAUUAUUGGUUUAUUAAACGCAUUCUCUCCUCAGAGAGAAGUGGAAGAGUUCAAUGAUCUCUACAUUGUUAUGGAACUUAUGGAUGCAAAUCUUUGUCAGGUUAUACAAAUGGAUUUGGAUCAUGAGCGGUUAUCCUAUUUAUUGUAUCAAAUGCUAUGUGGGAUCAAGCACUUGCAUAGUGCAGGGAUUAUCCAUAGAGACCUCAAACCAUCGAAUAUCGUGGUGAAAAGUGAUUGCACAUUGAAGAUCUUGGAUUUCGGGCUGGCCCGAACAGCCGUUGAUGCGUUUAUGAUGACGCCUUAUGUAGUCACCCGGUACUACCGUGCACCUGAGGUUAUUUUAGGAAUGGGAUACGGAGAGAAUGUCGAUGUGUGGUCGGUCGGCUGCAUCUUUGGCGAGCUCAUCAGAGGGCGAGUUCUAUUUCCUGGAGCCGAUCACAUCGAUCAGUGGACACGAAUCAUUGAGUUGCUUGGCACUCCAGAUUCGCAAUUCCUCAGCCGGCUUCAGCCAACUGUACGGAAUUAUAUAUAUCAACCAGUUCCAUUUGAAACGUUGUUUGCUGACAAUAUGUUCCCUCCUGGUGCUGACAAUGCACGUUUAACAGCUGCAAAAGCUCGGGAUCUCCUUGCGCGAAUGUUAGUGAUCGAUCCCGAAAAAAGAAUAUCUGUUGAUGAUGCGUUAGCCCAUGAAUACGUGAACGUGUGGUAUGAUGCAUCUGAGGUGCAUGCUCCUCCACCAGGCCAUUAUGAUCCCACCGUAGAUGGUGAGCAUACCGUGGAAGAAUGGAGAACGAUGCUGUUUUCGGAGCUACAAAAUUACUACAGGACGCACGAUGUGUACGGUGUGACACAGCGACGAUAA